GCUACUUGAGGGCGCUCGAAAACAAAGUUAGACCAAAAACAAGAUGGCUGCGCCCAUGUUGCAGAAAUGACAAAUUCACCAUACGGCACACGUGGCAGCACAGUCUGUUACGGUGAUGCUUGCGUCACAUCCAGCCAGACACAAGCUUCAGAGAUAGGCUUGGGUAUUUUGAAAGCUGGUGGUAAUGCAGCAGAUGCUGCUGUUGCUGUUGCUGCUGCACUGAAUGUCCUGUCCCCAUGCUUUACUGGAAUUGGCGGCGAUUGCUUCUGCCUGUACUACGAUGCCGCUUCAAAAAGAGUCAGGGGAUUAAAUGGAAGUGGACGAUCCUCCUCAGACAUAAACCUGGACGUUGUCCAGCAGCUAGGCUUCAGUAGUACCAAUCCCAUACCAAGGACUCAUGGUCUUAAUGUGACCGUUCCAGGGGCAGCAGCCGGAUGGGUGGAUACAGUGACAGAGUUUGGCUCAGGAAAACUUUCCAUGCAACAGAUUCUCCAACCUGCAAUUGAUCUAGCCGAGGGCGGCUUUACUGUUCAGCCAGUAGCAGCCAAUGGUUGGCAGCAUGAUGUGGACAAACUACUGCGAAAAUCCAACCCCCAUGCGGCAUGCCUUCUGAAGGAGGGAAGGGCACCAAAGGCCGGGGAAACCAUGCGUCUUCCCCUACUGGCCAAGACCUUUAAGGAGCUUGCACUCAAGGGCAAGGCAGGCUUCUACGAGGGUCGUGUAGCACAAGCCAUCGUGGACAUCGUGAAGGCCAACGGAGGAACGCUGAAUCUACAAGACCUGAAGAUGCACAGCAGCUCCCUAGUAGAGCCAAUCUGCAUCAACUACAAGGGUCUUAAUGUGUGGGAGGUUCCUCCUAGUGGACAGGGGAUAACAACCCUGAUGGGACUAAACAUACUAGAGGGAUUGGACCUGAAAGCUAUGGGACACAACUCAGUCAAGUACCUCCACUGCCUGAUUGAAGCCAUUAAACUCAGCUUUGCUGACAGUUUGUGGUACUGUGCUGACAGUGACAAGGUAGAUGUCCCUGUUAACAAGUUGUUGUCCAAGGAUUACGCUGCCAAGAGGAGAACACUCAUAGACCCAGUAAGAGCUAGCAAGGACCUUAAACACGGUGAAGUCCACAGUGGAGGUGACACAGUGUAUUUUUGUGUCGUUGAUGAGCAAGGGAAUGCUUGCUCCUUCAUUAACAGUAAUUACAGACACUUUGGGACUGGUCUGGUACCUGAGGGCUGUGGCUUUACAUUACAUAAUCGCGGCUCGAACUUUUCCCUGCAGCCCGGACACCCUAACGUCCUAGCUCCAGGGAAACGCUCCUACCACACCAUCAUUCCUUCCAUGGUGACGGCUGCCGAUACAGGCAGCCUAUUGGCAACUUUUGGAGUCAUGGCGAGUUUUAUGCAGCCCCAAGGGCAGAUACAGGUAUUACUAAAUAUGUCCGAGUUUAGCAUGGACCCGCAGAAGGCCCUAAACCAGCCACGGUUCCGUGUUGAAGUAGUGGAACAAGACGGCCUGACAGGUAAAGUGUUUCUUGAAGAAGGUUUCAGUGAUGACAUCAUACAAGAGCUACGGACCAUGGGCCACAAUGUUGUGGGACCUGUGAAGGGAUGGGACAGGCGAAUAUUUGGCAGGGGUCAGGUCAUUACUGUGGGUGACUGGUACACUGCCAGAGACUCUGUAGGUAAGUCUCUGUAUGCAGGAAGUGACUUUCGGGGAGACGGGUCACCAGUUGGAUACUAAAGAAAUUGUGCAACAGUGGAGUGUGUCUUAUUAAUGAGUGAAGUCAUUUUGAGGAAAAAAUAAUUCAAGUGUGUGAUGUACUCUAUAAUUAUCUACAUGAAAUGAAAAAGAGGAAAUAUCAGCGCUACAGGUAAAUGUAUAAAGAAUCAUGUGAAGCUAUGAAAGUAAAGAUUUCAUUAAAUUAACUGGAUUGGGAUCUGGUAAAUUCAAAGUCAAUUUUUUUUUUCAAUUGGGCUUCUUUUUAAAAUUCAGUUUCUGGACAAUUUAUAAACGCUUUGUAUGUUUUGUGUGAAAGUUAUACAUUUAAAUGUCACUUCCGUGCUUUGUGUACAUGGAGACUUCAGAUUAAGAAAAAUAAUAAUACCAGUCCAGUCUUCUCACUAAGACUUAGAACUUUUAAGAAAUGUUACAUUAAAUUAAAAUUUAUUAUUUUCAUGAAAAUAUUCAUCUAAAACAGGGUAAUGUUCAAUUACUGUUCAUUCUAAAAUUAUUGUAAAAUGUUUGAUACUUAUUUCCUGAAAUCCUUACGUAUAUUUUAUGCGUGGAAGUUAAUUUCACUACAUCCAUACAUAAAUUAUGUGUUGCAUAAAAUUGUUUUGGAUAGGAUUAGUUACAGAUGUAAAAAAUAUAUGUAAAAUGUGAUAUUUAAUAAACAACAUAGGCCUACUGAGAUUCUUAAAAAACUUUUGAGUGUGCAUCAUGAGUAUUCACUCUUUGCAGGCGUUCUUAUCUUAAGUGAAUUUUCAGGAGUAAUUUUUUUAACUACGACGGCAUUGAAGCUUUGGAAUGUCAGUUUUCCCCUCCUAUAAGUAUUGAAUUUGACUGAAUAUUCAUGUAAUAACCGAAUAUUUAUUCGUUUUAUAUUAUUUCAUGUGUAGAAAAAUAAUGUACAGUUUUGUUUGCACCAAUCGAAUCGGCGUCUUCGAAAUGGAAAGAAAACAUGUAGAAAUAUUAUCUUCGCCGCAAAAAUAUCCUAUUUUUACUGUUACCAUGUGUAAAACCGAUCAAUAUAGCUCGGGUUUCCAUAUAAAUUUUGUUAAGAAAUCCCCGCUAUUUUUAGGGUCAUUGAUCGGUGAGAGCGGGCAAGACGACUAAAAAUAACCGGCUAUAUUUGGACUGGGAAGCUGGUCUUGUCGCAAGUUGUCAGCCGAGAAAUUAGCUGACAUCCUAAAUGGAAAGGAUAAGUUGGAAUGCGGGUUAAGCGCCUCGGAUAUGAAAUAAUUAUAAGGUUAUCUUGAAAUACUUGGGCGGAUAUUUGAUUACAUCCCACUUGGAAAAAAUAAACCGAGGAUGAGCUAAGAAAGCUGGUGUUACCUCCAAAACAUAUUUUCUUGAGCGAGGCCGGCCUGAUAAAAUAAAUCAUUUGUUUAUCACCCAGCAGUCGGUAGAAAAAAAAACGCCGUGGGAACUUGUUGGUAUAUCCAUGCUCUAUGGAUAUACCAACAUCCAUGUUCCUUGCUCUUUGGUAUAUCUUAAAGCCGUUUGCCACAAAAUAUAGAUGCGUCGACAGUUUUAAUGCCUCGAAAUGCGUCGCCAAAUUUGUCCGUUCGGCAGCAACAGUUUUCUCGGGUAACCUGUGUAGUGUUUUUAUGUGCACUGCUUACAUGUAUGUGAACUGCCUUAAAGACUUUGUCUAGUGUAUAGUCGUUGAUUAUAUUAUCGAUUUUGAAAGUGAGUCCUCUCAUGGUUUCAUUUAAAGUUAUCCCAUAUGUAUUUAACUAUUAUAUGUUACCGCGUAAACUUUGAAAUUGAAAGUUUGUCAUCACGUAAUGUCUGACAUUUUUGAGAUUUUUUUCGAUACGCCUACGCUUUGAAACAGAUAUUAAUAUGAUGCUGACGCAUUGAUGGGGUCACUGUCCAGUUAUUGGCGCUUUGAAAGGGUACCAUUCACUAUAAGUAGUAUAUUGAGGGUAAUAUGUUAAACAUCUUUUCUAAUAGCACGUGCUUUUGGAAGACGUACCGGUUCAUUUCAUCGCUUUAAUUGUUUUAAUCUUAUCACAUUCUUGAGAUACACUUAGAGUAUUCGAUCACCACGUAUAUGAUGUGAAGGAAAAGGACAGUGGAUAGUAUACAUGCUUCAUACAAACCCAUAAACAAGGGACACAUGUAUUCACAAUAAUAAUAUACGCCUCUAUUUAUACUCGGUAUGUUACAUUUAAUAUAGUUGCUGACUUUUGCCAUAACCUAUAACCCCAUAUGUAAUCUACUAUAAAAUAUGGUAAACCUGUUCUGUUGACAAAUUGACAGGUGCCAGGAACUAUCGAUUUGCUUUAUGGACAGAAAUAAUCCCAGCUUAUAUAAACUGAAACCACACAGUUGUUAUUUGAAUGACGUUCAUUGUUUUACAAUGUUUUGUACAUUUUGAAUGUAUCUAUUUUCUUUUUGACAACGGGCAAAAUCAGUUCUCGAUCUGUAUGAUAUUGUAUUGCUAUGGUUUUGAUGUCGAUGGAUGAUGGUACUGUUUUAAUGCAUGUCUGUAAUUAAUUAUUUAUUCAUGAUCGUUCAGACUAAGAGCGAAGCGCGUGUUCAAUGAAUAUAGUUGUCUGUAUCUCUUAAAAUCCAAUCGACCAGAUUGCCUGUAAUAUCUAAUGAAGAGAAAAAUACAGGCUAUUUUUCUGUUGCGUAAUAAUAAAUGCAGUCAUAUAAAA